GCGCGAACUCUAUGGUUGUCCGCCCUCGGCGCUUCCUCUCUAGCCGCUCGCGCUCUAUGCUCCGCGGUCUUGGGCCGCCAGUCCGCCAGCUAGCCGGGAGGGGUGCGCAGAGGGAGGCGGGGCGGAAAGGCAGGAGGCGUCUAAUCCACCCGAGCCGCGGGAGACCCGAGCAAGCUCAGUGACAGCUCGUCGGCCGCCAUGUCAGCGAGCGGGGCUGGGAACAGACCCGGCGUCCGAACAUAGCCCUCCUGUGGCCUCGGACUCCCAGACAUGGAAGGACUUCAGUGAAACUUUAAACAGCUCAACAAAGGAUGCGCUAAUGGAUGACAGUGACACUCCUACAGAUGAUCUGCAGAUAGAACCACAGGACGGGUGUCAUCCUGGUGACAGCGUGGAAGGGACAGUAGCACACGUGCCUUCUGCAUCUGAUGAAAAUGAAAACCAGUUUGAUGGGGGUGGGCCUUUGCAUCUGAGCAGCAGUGACAACACAAUGGGGAGGACUAAAGGGUGUGAGCAAGACAGUCUCAACAACAAUGAAAGCUGCCUGGCCAGCUGUGCACUGGCCACAAGUGAGAACUUGGAGAGCAUUCCCUUUGAAGGCCCCAAACGGGGACAGGCCUUCUCGGAGGAGGACAAAGCAGUACCUGGAAAACGAAGCACAAGAGGCAAAAGAGGCACUGCAAGGAGGACCCCACCAGGAGAUACAUGUUUCAUGCAGGGGAAGAUGCCGAGUGCAGCCACUCAAGCUCUGGGGGAGGAAGAAGUCGCUGGAGAGAAUGCUAAUGACCCUCCGGAGGUUCCGAAGUCCACUCUGCAGCCUCUGUUCUCGCUCAUCCAAAGUGGGCUUGAGCAGUUGGACUCAAGAGCACUUCCCCUCUGCCUGCAUCAGAUAGCAGAGUCCUAUUUCCAGGAAGAGGACUAUGAGAAAGCAAUGAAGUUCAUUCAGCUUGAGCGAUUAUAUCAUGAGCAAUUGCUUGCAAACCUUUCUGCCAUUCAACAACAGUGGGAAACAAAAUGGAAAACCGUACAAUCACAUAGAGUUGCACCUCUAAGGAAUUCAGAGAAAGGAUUUACUGGUGAAGAUUUUGAACGGCUUGCUGAAUUAUGCACAACACAUCAAGAUCCUCUUUCACCCAAACACAAGAUAGCAGCUGUGGAAAAGUGCCUGGGAAGGAAAUGCUUGACACAGUUAACAGUGUCUGAAGAUCCAAGGGGAAGAGGAGCUGCAGCCAGAGAGUCAGAGAGUGAAACUUGUUCUGCCCCGGAAUCAAGUCCAGAAAGCCAGCAUAAAGAGCAGCCCCAAGAGAGCAGCCCCGGCUGCAAUCAGAUGGACGCACAGGCAGAUUCCCCUGGCCUUCCAGUGACUGCAGGAAAGGGCCACGUGGAGGAGCUGCUCUGCAGCACGGAAGCCACACUGGAGCUCCACACCCAGUCCCCAGAGACGGAGACAGCCGGGAAUGGGGCAGGGCCAGACUCUUUCAAGAAUGCCUGUGAGGAUGACAGCCUUGUGCAGGCGGCUCACACAGAGGGCCACCCAGAUGUGGCCAACAGAAAGGGCAGUGCUGCCGUCCCUCAGGUGGGCCCUCCUGGUGAGUCAGUGAGAGAGGCACUGCUCUUGCCAGGCUCUGACCAUAUACCUCCUGGGCUUGUUUCUGAGGGUAAACAUUCACAGACUCGAAGAGAAGAGCUCCACUUGCCACUUGAGGAUGCUGCUAGGGCGGGGCUGGCCCAGCUGGAGAACAAUGCUCUCACUGAGCCGCAGCAACCUGAUCGCACAGGCAGUGAUGGAAACUCACCCAGCCAGGCUGGCGCACACACUGGCUCUGAGGAUGCACUUUGUCAAAACAGUAAAACGUCUGACCUAAGUACACUGCUUCCGGAACCGUGGAUGGCCCCAGAGGAAAAGGGGGAUGAGCAAGACCAAGUCAGUAAAGAAACAGAAGACUAUCUGAACAGCCUUUUGGAGGGAUGCGUAAAGGACACUGAAGGCUCUCUUUCCCAUGAAGAUAACCCAGACUCUGACCUCCUGCAGGACCUUUCUCCGGAAGAGGCUUCCUACAGUGUGCAGGAGGGUCUGCCUUCUGACGGUAGCUGUCUCUCUCUCGAUGAUCUUGCCAAAAGGAUAGAGAUUGCAGAGGUGGUUCCUGCCGAAGGGCUGGUGUCUAUACUGAAGAAGAGGAGUGACUCAGAAGGAAGUCAUUCUGCCCACAUGCAUCAGAAACCAUCCAAACGAAGAGUGAGGUUCCAGGAGGUAGAUGAUCACCUGGAUCCAGAGGACGUUGGAGGCGGCUCCUGCAUCUUGCUCAUCUUGCUGUGCAUCGUGACGGUUCUCCUCAGUAUGGGGGGCACCGCUCUGUACUGUGCUUUUGGUGACAUGGAGUCACCUGUUUGCACAGACUUCGCAGACAACAUGGACUUCUAUUACACGAAGCUCGUGCAGGGUGUGGCAGAAGUCAGACACUGGAUCUACCUCUCCUAGCAGGAUCACGAGGGACAGGCCGGGCACGAGGAUGAAAGAUGCAGAACUCUCUUCAUAGCUUUCACUUCAGGAGCUCUGGAGCUUUCCCCUGCCCGGUGACGACCCGGGCUGGCCGUGGCAGCUUUCAGUGGCGAUCAGAGGAACUCAGAACAAUUCACACGAUGAGGCCAAGAGGAAGUGCUGGCCUAGCACUGGGGCGGAGGGAGAGAUCUGUCCCCUCUCCCCACACUGUCCCCUGGGGUAACCAGGACAGGCUUGGAGCCACACGGCUCUUAGCCACCUUGUCGUGCUAACGGACAAAGGACACUCCUGGUCUCCAUUGUUGCUCCUGCCAUCACACAGUCUGUUUCUAAUCAGUUAACUUACGGUUUCAAGGUCAUUUUUUUAGUUAGCCUUGGGAGCUUUGUAACUUAGGCUUUUUGUUUUAUUUCCACAUUCUGCUCUCCAUCUGUAAAAUGUUUGUGUGGGUGUAUGCACACACAUUUCAGACAGUUAUCCUGAGCAAAUAUCCGACCCAGAGUAACAAAGAUUAUCUCUAUUCUUUUAACUUGGCUAUGAUGUGCAGGCACAGAUCUUUGAAGGCUUACCUGUAGGAUAGAUGAACUGUGGAGACAUAGGCCCUGAAGCAAGAAACUGUGACAGAUGUGUGGCGAUCAAGUUGACUGACUGGCCGGGAAUUAACCAGAGGCCUGAAGGCAAAAUGAAGGCACUCCUGAGUCUCGGGAACUCUGGAGUCCCCCAGUUCUGCCUGGAAGGAUGAAUGCUGGACCCAGCUCAUCCAGAAGCCCUUACGAGAACCCGGAGACCAGAUGCUCUCCCUGCUUGCUGAUGUCCGCACAAUAACCGGACCUCAGAACCCAAAGAUCCGUGUCAGGCAUUUGCAUUGUGCAUACCUGUUGUGGGCUCGGGUUAGUCCCUGUCGUGGGGUCACGUAGUGGCAAUUCAGACAGCAUGAAAAGGCCAGUGUCUGAGGGUGUUUAAGUCUGUCACUAGGUGGCCAGUCUUUACAUAAGGUCCAGAGGUUAACACUUAGGAAGCCUUGCUUUGACUUUUUAUAUCCUAGGAACCAUAAAAAAACAUGAAUUAUAGUUUUUUAGCAAGUGAUCAUUAGUUCCUGUUUUUCUGUUCAGAUCAUUUGAAAGCAAAAGGGAGAGGUUGAUUUCUUGUUACUGGCUGGUUCAGUACCUCCCUGUGCGUCUCUCUUACGAAUUUCAAAGCUUUGUGUGAGAUGAGAGCCGCUGCUGUGCACGCAUUCAGUCAUCCCUGUGCUACAUAUUUAAUCUGUACUUGGUGUUGAUUUUCUGUCAUUUCAGUUCAUUGUGUUUGGGGCUUAUUUUUAAGUGGAUGUUUUAUUUCCACUUAUUAUACUGUUUGACUUGUCUCUAUCAUGUCACCAUAAACUGUAAUAUUUUCAAUGGUUGUAGAUCAAAGUUAUUUAUUUAGAAGUGUACGAGAUGCUGAAAUCUAGAUUAAUUAUACUGAAGGCUGAUUUUAUUAGAAGAUUAUUUUAAUGUCCUAUUAUAAAUUUUAAGAAUUUUUAUUGAGAUUGUAUGUAAAGUAUGUUGUGUGUCACGGUACUAUCUAAAUGGCUCUGUAAAUGCCACUCACUCACAGGCCACUGAGAGGGAGGGGCCUCUUUGUCACAGACAAACCUCUGUUUUACCCUCGGAAUUCUAGUUGCAGGAAUUUGGUGAUCCUUAUUUCUGGCUAUUUUAUGUCAAGAGAAGUUAAGAUUUCCUAUGUCAAGAGAAGUUAAGAUUUCCCUCCUGUUUACCUAUUUAGGUCACUGUCAGAGUCACAUAGCGUCUCUGGUGUUGUGUCUGUCUCUGGGCCACAUGGGCCGGGACCUGCUGGGACCUUUCACCGAGGUAGCACCUUGCCAACCAGGGUCCCUGUAUGUCUCAGAGGAACCAGCGGCGCCCUCACCACUUCCCAGGAUGGUGAGGUGAGCUCAGGAGCAUAGGGAUGUCUUGACUUAAAAUAGGCAUGAAAUCUCACCUAGAAAAAUUAGGGCAACUUUUAAAAUGUAAGUCAUUUAUUGCAUGAAUUGGAAUAAUUCCACCUGAUAAUGAAAGGAUUGUUAUCUCACUCAUAAAGAAUCCAUCUAGUUUUACUGAAAUGUAAUUUCUUUUCGUUUGAAAGUACUGACAACUAUUUGUAACUAAUCUUCCUUGAGAACUGUAUUUGAGGGUAUCAAAUUGAGCUUGUAAUUUAAAAUCUGCACCAACAAAGUGUCUCGGAGUUUAUUUGCACCCUUAGCUGUCGAGAAGACUGCUUUAAAGCAGAAGUACAAUGACCUCAGGAGUUGGUCUGACCCCGUAGUCAAUACCAUCUAUUUGGGGAGUCCUAGGAGGUCCCUAAGUAAAGGGGCCUUCAUUCCUAAAAUACAUCCCUGGAACCCACUCCCAAAUGCAUCCUUUGAGAUUUGAGAGUGAAAUCACCUGUGAGGCUUGCUUUCUCAUGCUGUGGAUUGGGCUCUCAAUGUGGACAGGUCUGAGCUGGUCGUGCUGGACUGGCAGGAGGAUGUGAGUGGGGUACCAGGAAUGAGAAAUGUGUAGGAGUUGGAGUAAAACAAGGCAUGUGUGUGGAAAAGAACAAAAAAGUCUUCUUAGCUUUGCUGGAGGUGUGGCUCAAGUGGUAGAGCACCUGCCUAGCAAGCGUGAGGUCCUGAGUUCAAACCCCAAUGCUGCAAAAAAAAGAAAAAAAAAUCCUUAGCUUUUAACCUGUUUCCUGGGCACUGGCCUUGUGACAUACACUCCCCAUAAAAAGAGGGAUGAAUGUUUAUCUCACUGCUGACAUGGCCUGUGUCACUCUCUUCAUUUCUUUGGGCUCACUUAAUAUUAACUCACUAUUUUAUGCUGUAUUUGAAACAUUUUAACAUUCACUCACUUAGUGCUUAACUCAGUAAAUACAUAUCCCUGAAGUCCAGAUCUUAUAAAUCCCAGCUCCAUUAUACUUUCUAUUCUAUCAUGUUGCCUUCAUUUCAAGAAUGAGAUAUUCUAGGAUUGAUGUCACAGACUCUAGUGUGUCAUCUUCUGUCUUAAUCUCAAAGAAAAGAAUUUACUGAGCCUCAUGCACUGAGCCUCUGAAAGCUACAGUGAGCGGGAACUGCGGUGCCUGCUUAUAAUCCCGGCUACUCAGGAGGCUGAGGCGGGAGGACCAUGCGUUUGAGGCGAGCUGUCUUACACAGCAAGACCCUGACUUAAACUAAAAAGAAGGAAAGAAGGCUACAGUGAGUUAAACUUUUCUUGGGGGAUUCUACCACUACUUGAACCUCCCUAGGUUUAGGCGACUGAGAAAUGGCGUGCCUGUGGUCAUCUCUGCUUGCUGGUCAAAGAUGACCAGCUCUGCUGGGUGCUGGUGGCUCACGCCUCUAAUCCUACCUACUGAGGAGGCAGAGAUCAGGAGGAUUGCAGUUCGAAGCCA